AGCAUACCCGUGGGCAGGACAUUGGCCCCUACGCCCCCGGGAAGCUAGCACAGAUAGCUAGGAUUCACAUUACAGCCAGCCCGGAUCUAUUAAAAAGAGGACAGAGCCUUAAUGAAGACCGCCCAGCUGGGGCCCACCUGAGCAUCAGAACCGAGGCUCCUGACCCCUGAGCUCCAGCUCUGGAAGGCUGUUCAGUCCCCUUAAGGAAGAAGUGGUCAAGGCCAUUGAGGGUGGGGGGCAAGGUUUGGCUACAUUCUUGGGAAUAAAGCAGCUUUUAGGGGUUAAGAGAACAGGCAGGUUUUUCAGGUUCACAGUGGUGUGUCAAGUUCCUUCUGCCUAGGGGAGGGCUCCCUGGAGAUGAGGCCCUGUGGGGAGGAGAAGGAGGCUGGCAGGUGGGGAAGGAGUCUAAGGGCUUUUGGGAGCUCCCCAACAGGAUCUUUGCUGUUCUCUCGGAUGGGAUGCGGGGAACAGCUUGAGAAACUCUCACUGUCCUCAGGCCCUGAAGACACCUGCCUCUGACCUGGGUAGAACAGGAAGGACGCAAACAGGGGCCUGCCUCUGUAGGGUCUUCAAUAGGUCGCCUGCCUUCCCAUCCCCUUUCCUUGAAGCCCUGGGCUCCCAGGUCAAGCGAUGCACCUUUUAGGACCUUACUUUCUGCUGGAGCCUCACCUGCUGAGGCUGCGGCUGGGGUGUGGCCUGGCCCUGGCACAGUCUUCUGAGUGAGUUUGUGGCUGGCUUGGGCGGCACACAGGCCCCCUGGGGAGGCCUAAGUUUCUUUUCUGGCUCCUCCCUUCUGCUGCCUUUGGGCUCCCUGCGCCUCCAGGCCCCUGUGGGGGUGUGCUUUAUCUCUUCACUGGCAUCUGAGUUUUCGAGUAUGCCGAGUGCUGUUGGGGCACUGUGCUCCGUCCUGCUGGAGACCUCCUCUUCCAAUUUUCUAAAGCUCACUCCUCAGAGGUGCCCUGGGGACAGGAGGGCAGGGAGUGUUGGCCCCAGAGUGUAGAGGCCUCGGGGAAUCCUGUGACGGUGGUAGCUCUACCCCCUGGGGUGCAGCCUGCCUGUGGGUGCUGCAGCCUGGCCCUAACAAGUGGGGGUGGCACUCAUAAGCCAUGGGCUUGGGCAUCUGACACCCUGCUUUUGCUUUUCUUCUUUUUGAAAACGUCAUCCCAAAUGUGAUAGUUACACCUGGCUUUUUGUUGCUGACUUGGCUGCCCUUUGCCCUGUGACCCUGGGCAGCUGCUUCCUAGCCUUCUGGAGCCUCAGUUUCCUCAGGUGAGAUGGGCAGCCAAGCCAAUUGUGGGAGCUGCCAUAGGCUGGGCCUGUCCUGGCUCUAUGGUAAACAGAAUGCAGGUGGUUGUCAACACUCCUCAGGGUCACUGCCAGGCGGCCCCGCCCCACUCUGUCUCCGGAGGGUGAGGUGUUUUGGGAGAUGGUAGGGGCAGAGGGGCUCUGCCUUGGCCUGUCCUUUCUUCUGGUCAUUGUGUGGGGCCCAGAACUCUCUGUGGGGGCUGGGAAGCAGCGUCUGCCUGAUCCCUGGGCCUGGAGGGGAGGGGCUGUAGUGAGAGCCUGGCCCCGCCCACCCUGGGUAGGGUGGAUGCUAGGACAGCCCUCACUGGGCCUGGCAGCGCGGCAGAGGUGCCCUGGCCAGCUGGGUGGUGGCUCCUCCCCCCCUGCGGCUCGGGCCUCUUGUGCCAGCUCUCUUCUCCCUUGGGAGAGACUUGGUUCCCUCCUGGCAGGGCUGGGGCUGCUGGAAAGGGAACACGGAGCCUGCCAGCUUCUUGAUGGCACUAGGAGGCCUGGGGCACGGGUGCAGUUGUCCUGUGGGAGCCUGGGGACCCAUCCCCCUCCCUCCUGCCAGAAUCAGUGACUCCCAGGAAGGGGCUGGCAGCCAGGUCACCUGCAGGGGGCAGCAGGAGCCAGAGGUCCCAGCCAGGCCCUUGGGCCAGGGGCAGCAGAGUGCUCAGUGUCUGGGCUGGUGGGCAGAGGCUGCCGCCUCAUGGCCUGGGCCCAGGUCUGUGUCAGCUGUUGCCAGCAGCUGGCCAAAGCGGUCCUGCUCACCCCCACUGGGGUGGGAGCCGACGAGAGGACCCCCUUGCUGGGCCCUACCCCUGCCAGCCUAUCUCCUAGGCCCUUGAUCUUGAGGGGUCCAGGUACCCCAAAUGCUGGGUCCUCCGGUCCCCCUAGCAGCUUUGCCAGCAGUGACCCCCUCUCUAGGGGGCAGAGGGCAGUGGGCCUGAAUGCUGAUAGCAGCUCCUCCUGGGGUUCUGGGGCCACCGGGUUCUCCUGGCCCUCAGCCGUCCUUCUGGCCGACCUUGAGCAGGAUGCCAGGCAGGGGGAGUGUGCCCUUCCUGGGGUUGCCCCAGCAGGCCUGGCCUCACUGAAACCCGAAGCCAGCCGGAGCUCCAGCCCCGGGCCGAGUGGCUGCAUGAGGGCAAGGGUAGCAGCAGAGGCUGGAACCAGGGACCCAGGCAGUGCUGGGCCUGAGUUGGGGAGCCACCUGCCUUGCAGCCACAGCCAUCCUGAGACUCCAGAGCUGAGGGGAGGGCAGCCGCCAGCUGCACCAGAGCUGCCGUCAGUCAUGCUGCUGAAUGGGGACUGUCCGGAGAGCCUGGAGAAGGAGGGGGUGGCUGAGCCGCCCAGGGAAAACGGGCUGGAAGAGGCCGAGCCAGGAGAUGAGACCACCGGCCAGGAAGUCAUUGUCAUUCAGGACACGGGUUUUUCCGUGAAGAUCCUGGUCCCCGGGAUUGAGCCCUUCUCCCUGCAGGUGUCCCCCCAGGAGAUGGUGCAGGAGAUCCACCAGGUGCUCAUGGACCGGGAAGACACGUGUCACCGCACCUGCUUCUCGCUGCACCUGGAUGGCAACAUGCUGGACCACUUCUCUGAGCUGCGCAGCGUUGAGGGGCUGCAAGAGGGCUCUGUGCUGCGUGUGGUGGAAGAGCCAUACACAGUGCGAGAGGCCCGAAUCCACGUGCGCCACGUCCGUGACCUUCUCAAGAGCCUGGACCCAUCUGACGCCUUCAAUGGGGUGGACUGCAACUCCUUAUCCUUCCUCAGCGUCUUCACUGAUGGUGACCUGGGAGACAGUGGGAAGCGGAAGAAGGGCCUGGAGAUGGACCCCAUCGACUGCACACCGCCCGAGUACAUCCUGCCAGGGAGCCGGGAGCGGCCACUGUGUCCCCUGCAGCCCCAAAAUCGGGACUGGAAGCCCCUGCAGUGCCUGAAGGUGCUCACCAUGAGUGGCUGGAACCCACCACCAGGGAACCGAAAGAUGCACGGGGACCUCAUGUACCUGUUCGUGAUCACGGCCGAGGACCGGCAAGUCAGCAUCACCGCAUCCACGCGGGGCUUCUACCUGAAUCAGUCUACAGCUUAUCACUUCAACCCCAAGCCCGCCAGUCCCCGCUUCCUGAGCCAUUCCCUCGUGGAGCUGCUCAACCAGAUCAGCCCCACCUUCAAGAAGAACUUUGCGGUGCUGCAGAAGAAAAGGGUCCAGCGCCACCCGUUCGAGAGGAUCGCCACCCCCUUCCAGGUGUACAGCUGGACGGCGCCCCAGGCGGAGCAUGCCAUGGAUUGCGUGCGUGCAGAGGACGCCUACACCUCGAGGCUGGGCUACGAGGAGCACAUUCCUGGACAGACCCGAGAUUGGAACGAGGAGCUUCAGACGACGAGGGAGCUGCCUCGCAAGAACCUGCCUGAGCGGCUGCUUCGAGAGAGAGCCAUCUUUAAGGUACACAGCGACUUCACUGCGGCAGCCACGAGGGGCGCCAUGGCGGUCAUCGACGGCAACGUGAUGGCCAUCAACCCUAGCGAGGAGACCAAGAUGCAGAUGUUCAUCUGGAACAACAUCUUCUUCAGCCUGGGCUUCGACGUGCGUGACCACUACAAGGACUUUGGUGGGGACGUCGCCGCCUACGUGGCACCCACCAACGACCUGAACGGCGUCCGCACGUACAACGUGGUGGACGUGGAGGGGCUCUACACGCUGGGCACGGUGGUGGUGGAUUACCGCGGCUACCGCGUCACGGCCCAGUCCAUCAUCCCCGGCAUUCUGGAGCGGGAUCAGGAGCAGAGUGUCAUCUAUGGCUCCAUUGACUUCGGCAAGACUGUGGUGUCUCACCCACGGUACCUGGAGCUGCUGGAACGCACGAGUCGGCCCCUCAAGAUCCUGCGGCACCGAGUGCUCAACGACCGAGACGAAGAGGUGGAGCUCUGCUCCUCGGUGGAGUGCAAGGGCAUCAUCGGCAACGACGGGCGCCACUACAUCCUCGACCUGCUGCGCACCUUUCCGCCUGACCUCAACUUCCUGCCCGUGCCUGGUGAGGAGCUGCCGGAGGAGUGCACCCGUGCUGGCUUCCCCCGCACCCACCGCCACAAGCUCUGCUGCCUGCGCCAGGAGCUGGUGGACGCCUUCGUGGAGCACAGGUACCUCCUCUUUAUGAAGUUGGCUGCCCUGCAGCUGAUGCAGCAGAAAGCCAGCCAGCUGCAGACCCCCUCCUCCCUGGAAAAUGGUGGUCCUUCCUCCAUGGAGUCCAAGCCUGAGGACCCCCCCAGAAUGGAGGCGGGAAGUGAGGAGGAGGGCAGCAGCGCCAGCGGCCUAGCCAAGGUGAAGGAGCUGGCAGAGACCAUCGCUGCAGAUGACGGCACAGCAGACCCUCGGAGCCGGGAGGUGAUCCGCAACGCAUGCAAGGCAGUCGGCUCCAUCAGCAGCACAGCCUUCGACAUUCGCUUCAACCCUGACAUCUUCUCACCAGGGGUUCGCUUCCCUGAGUCCUGCCAAGAUGAAGUUCGGGACCAGAAGCAGCUGCUGAAGGAUGCAGCUGCCUUCCUGCUCUCCUGCCAGAUCCCUGGCUUGGUGAAGGACUGCACGGAGCAUGCAGUGCUGCCCAUGGACGGGGCGACGCUGGCUGAGGUGAUGCGCCAGCGUGGCAUCAACAUGCGCUACCUGGGCAAGGUGCUGGAGCUGGUACUGCGUAGCCCGGCCCGCCAGCAGCUGGACCACAUCUAUAAAAUCGGCAUUGGAGAGCUCAUCACCCGCUCUGCCAAGCACAUCUUCAAGACGUACUUACAGGGAGUUGAGCUCUCUGGCCUCUCAGCUGCCAUCAGCCACUUCCUGAACUGCUUCCUGAGCUCCUACCCCAACCCUGUGGCCCACCUGCCAGCCGAUGAGCUGGUCUCCAAGAAAAGAAGUAAGCGGAGGAAAAACCGGCCCCCAGGGGCUUCAGAUAACACAGCCUGGGCUGUCAUGACCCCCCAGGAGCUCUGGAGGAACAUCUGCCAGGAGGCCAAGAACUACUUUGACUUCAGCCUCGAGUGUGAGACCGUGGACCAGGCUGUGGAGACGUAUGGCCUGCAGAAGAUCACACUCCUGCGGGAGAUCUCGCUGAAAACAGGGAUCCAGGUCCUGCUGAAGGAAUACAGCUUCGACAGUCGCCACAAGCCCACGUUCACCGAGGAGGACGUGCUCAACAUCUUCCCCGUGGUCAAGCAUGUCAACCCCAAGGCCUCAGACGCCUUCCAUUUCUUCCAGAGCGGGCAGGCCAAAGUGCAGCAGGGCUUCCUGAAGGAGGGCUGUGAGCUCAUCAACGAGGCCCUGAACCUGUUCAACAACGUCUAUGGAGCCAUGCACGUGGAGACCUGCGCCUGCCUGCGCCUCCUCGCCCGCCUGCACUACAUCAUGGGUGACUACGCAGAGGCCCUGAGUAACCAGCAGAAGGCAGUGCUGAUGAGCGAGCGGGUAAUGGGCAUUGAGCACCCCAACACCAUCCAGGAAUACAUGCACCUGGCCCUGUACUGCUUUGCCAGCAGCCAGCUGUCCACCUCCCUGAGCCUGCUGUACCGUGCCCGCUACCUCAUGCUGCUGGUGUUCGGCGAAGACCACCCCGAGAUGGCGCUGCUGGAUAACAACAUCGGGCUGGUGCUGCACGGGGUCAUGGAGUACGACCUGUCCCUGCGCUUCCUGGAGAACGCACUGGCCGUGAGCACCAAGUACCACGGGCCCAAGGCCCUCAAGGUGGCCCUCAGCCACCACCUUGUUGCUCGAGUCUACGAGAGUAAAGCUGAGUUCCGGUCGGCUCUGCAGCACGAGAAGGAGGGCUACACCAUCUACAAGACGCAGCUGGGCGAGGACCAUGAGAAGACCAAGGAGAGCUCCGAGUACCUCAAGUGCCUGACCCAGCAGGCAGUGGCUCUGCAGCGUACCAUGAACGAGAUCUACCGCAACGGCUCCAGCGCCAACAUCCCGCCACUCAAGUUCACAGCCCCCAGCCUGGCCAGUGUCUUGGAGCAGCUGAAUGUCAUCAACGGCAUCCUCUUCAUUCCUCUCAGCCAAAAAGACUUGGAAAAUCUGAAAGCUGAGGUGGCAAGGCGGCACCAGCUCCAGGAGGCCAGCAGAAACAGGGAUAAGGCCGAGGAGCCCAUGGCCACCGAGCCUGAGCCUGAGCCUGAGCCCUCAGGUGGCCCAGAAGACCUGGGCUCCGAGCCCCAGGCAGCCAAGGACCCUUCUCCAAGCGUGCAGGGAUAGAGGGAGAGACAGAUGGACAGUCAGCCAGCGGCGCCAGCAAGCCAGACACCAGGAGCAGGGGGCGUGCCUGUGAUUGGAAGAGGAGGCAAGGCUCUCUUCCGCAUUUCACCCCACCCCACCCCUGUGUCCUCCUGGGACCUUGGCCUGGCCUGCCUGCCCCCGAAAACGGUGUUUUUACACCGGUUCAAUUAGUACAUGAUUAAGAGGCCCAAUUGAAGACAGGUGAAUGGCGUGCACGGCCCUCCGUUCCCAGCUGGGGCAGGUGUUCCUCAGUCUUCACCCUCCAGCAGGGUGUGGCUGUGAGUGUCGGUCCAUCCCUCUCCCCUGUACAGAGCCCAAGUUGUCUGGAGCGGGUGGCGCAAAGGUGGAAUUUCUCAGGUCAUUUGUGUGGUUGACAUUAUGGCUGCUGCUUUUGCUGCCACUACCCCCCGCCCAAAUUGAAAGUCCAGGUUUUAAGUCAAAAAAUGGCAGAGGGGGCUUUCCUGUGUCCUGGGAUGGGGGGCCAGAGCUCUGUGGCAGGCCUGGAGGGUUGGGGUGCACUUUAAUGUGGGGCAGGAUGGAAGCUGAAGGGCUGUGGUAGUUGUGAUUGGCCUGGUCUGGCUGUAGCUCCUGGGUGAAGGGGUUGGGGUUGGAUGUUCGGGGCUCUCAGAGCCUGCGUGCCCGGCCCUGGCCUGUCUGCCCUCAAGCCCAGCGAGAGGCACUGCCACAGGCCCUGAGUUGCCUCCCUUCUCCCUGUACCCAUCUGGGCAUAGCCUUGGGGACUCCAGUCUGAAUGUAUCCCUCUCCCCGUUUCAACCUGAGCUGCCUAAUGCACAGUGGGAUGGGGGACAGGGCUGGGGGAGCAGUGCCGAAUUAUGGAUCCCGGGGAAAAUAACAGGUGCAGGUGUGAUGUCACCUCUUUGGAGCCCAGCUCCCUUCCUGGUCCAAGAUUAGCUCUGGGGGUGCAGGGCCUCCACAGGUCCCGCUGCUCCCCCCCACACACACCUGUGCUGCUUUGUGCCUGCUAUCAGAGCCCUGAUGGGGGAGGAGGUGGCUACCCCAAGAGCCGGUGGGUCAGGCGGCUGCCUAGGGCUUUGCGGAGAGCUGCUUGUGGGUGUGGCAUGUUCAGACACCUUGUUUCAAAGGGGGUGGCGUGAGCAAGCAAACCAUCCCCACUGCUGAGCAAGAACUUUUUCUUGUUUUUAAACCAUCACGUCUUCAUUUCACAUUGGAAUAAAGUGAGUUUUUGAAACCUGCA